UCUAUCACGCUAGCAUUUGACAACAGAUUGUCCUUGGCUAACCGUGCUAGCUAAAACAAGCUAAACAACGUACAUAAACUUCCCCACUAAAGUCUAUGUAAAGCAGUGGGUGAGUUUAGUCAACGACUUGUGUGUCUAUUUUUAUUCAGCAUAAAUACUGAGCGAAAACAACGAAUGAAAACAAUUACCUUUCAGGUUCCCUGGGAGAGGCCCUCCUGCCCCCCCAGAGAAUAACUGACUCGGGCUAAUGUCAUCCAGUCCAAAUGAAGAAGGGGGUCUGUCCCAGGCGGCCUCAAAUGAAAACAACCAAGACCUGCUUGGCAAGCCCACUCAGUCAGGGGCCAAAGCCAACACACCAGAAGAGCAGGUGAAGCUUUCACGGCUGUUAGAUGAGGCCUCUCCUACAUCCACAUCCUCUUAUGAAAUGGUUGACGAGGAGUCGGUUCCAGACCCGUACAAAGACGUCCAACCUCACUGGUUUUUCUGUCGUCGGGCUGAUGACAGCACAUCUUGGCUCCCUUUCAGCAGAGAGGAUUCUGACAAGCUAGAAAACACAUACACCACUGGAAAUCCGGACGAGGAAGUCGUUAUUGCUGUGGAUGGUGAACGAUACGAUGUUCAUGUUAAAGAAAGAAAACGCUACGCUGUGUACUGGGAACAGGGUCCCACUGAGGUCCGCCGCUGCACUUGGUUCUACAAAGGCGAUAAGGACACUCGGUUCAUGCCGUACCCAGAGGAUUUUAGCAAAAUGCUGGAGGAAGCGUUUAAGGACGCAGUGACUUCAGAUCAGUGGAAGAAGAAAAUUGACUUUCCUACCGGGGAGACUGUCAUCCUACACAACCCCAAACUCAUAAUGCAGUAUCAGCCAAUUGGAUUGCAGGACGACUGGAUUUCCUCUCCGUCAGAGCAGACUCGACCUCGCACAGUCAAGAGGGGAGUUGACAGUAUCUCUAUUGACAUACCUGAUGGGGAACCUGAUCAGGUGGAUCAUCUUGUUUUCAUGGUGCACGGCAUUGGCCCUGCGUGUGACUUGCGUUUCAGGUCCAUCAUACAGUGUGUAAAUGACUUUAGGAGUGCCUCGCUGUCCCUCCUCGCCUCCCAUUACAAGCGAGCGCAGCAGGACGGGCUGGUGGGCCGGGUGGAGUUUCUACCAGUCAACUGGCACAGCGCUCUGCAUGGGGAUGCCACUGGUGUAGAUGAGGACAUCCAGAGGAUCACUUUACCCAGCAUCAGCAGGCUGAGGCAUUUCACCAACGACACACUUUUAGACUUAUUUUUCUACAACAGCCCAACCUACUGCCAGACCAUAGUGGACACAGUGGCCUCAGAAAUCAACAGGCUUUAUGCUCUCUUUAAGCAGAGGCACCCGGACUUCAACAGAGCUGUUUCUCUAGUGGGCCAUAGCUUAGGUUCCCUGAUCCUGUUUGACCUUCUAACAAAUCAAAAGACGGAAUCAGAAGUACCAUCUGGGAAUCCGUCUUUUCUGAGCAGUAAUACUUUGGAGCAGAUUUUAACCAAACUGGACCUAAAGCAAUACUUGGAUAUAUUUGAAUCGGAAAACCUUGACCUGGAAUCACUGAGUCUCUGCAAAGACAGUGAUCUUAAAGAUUUGGGAAUUCCUCUGGGACCUCGGAAGAAAAUCUUAAACUGCAUUAAGAGAAGGUGGCUCCCAGAGGACUGCAAGGCAGCAGCAACACUGCAGAUCCACAAUGCUGAAGACCCUGGAGAAUUGUCACCGGAGCAGUCCCGUUUCUACAGAGCGCAGUCUGUCACCAGUGCCGUGGACUAUGAAUACUUCAAUGUCGGCAUUGGACAGAACAAUGGAGGCAUAGCCAAGGGACAGGUCUCCAUUGACUACCCACAAUUAGCAUUCCAACCUCAGGCCUUUUUUGCUUUUGGCUCCCCAAUCGGAAUGUUUCUGACAGUUCGUGGACUCAAGCGCAUCGAUCCAAAUUACACUUUUCCCACCUGCAAGAGCUUUUACAACAUCUACCAUCCAUACGAUCCUGUCGCAUACCGGAUAGAGCCUAUGAUCGUCUCUGAGGUGGAUCUGGAGCCUAUGCUAAUCCCUCACCACAAAGGCAGAAAGAGAAUGCAUCUGGAACUAAAAGACAGCUUGACUCGAAUGAGUAUGGAUCUAAAGAACAAUGUACUGGGAUCCCUGCGAACGGCGUGGCAGUCUUUUGCCAGAAUACCUGUUGCCGCGCUGCCACCAGUGGAAGAAGGAGAAGCAUCCGCUGAUGCAAACUCCCAAGAGGCACAGGCCUCAGCAGCAGGUAGUAAUGCUGAUGCUAACAAAGGAGACAAAAAUGCUGAUAUUUGGAGUAAAAUACUGGAGUGGCCUUGGGCCAUUCAUACGCAUUACUUAAAAGGCGUCUGCGUGGAGGCCGAGUCCUCCAUGAACACGGAGCAGACGGAGGAAUCUGAGAUCAAAGUGGGGAUGCUGAAUGGAGGGCGAAGGAUCGAUUAUGUGCUCCAAGAAAAACCUAUAGAGAGCUUUAAUGAAUAUUUGUUUGCCAUCCAGUCUCAUCUGUGUUACUGGGAAUCUGAAGAUACAGCUCUGCUGCUGCUGAAGGACAUUUAUGACAAGCUAGGUGUGGCCUUUGAACAGCCACAACAAUAAUGUUUGAAGAAUGUUUAUGACAGUUUCAUGAAAAUGAAGGAGAAGGUGUGAGGGCACAGACUGAACAAUCAUCUCCAAGAAUGCCUUACUGACUGAGACUCAUCACACUUUCUCUGACAACAGAGAAUGUGUGGCUGCUGCUUUCAGGUGAUCUCUGUCCACUUUUGUCUCUGAAACCUAAAACAAGUUAACAGGGUCUGCCUGGAGGUUUACGAACAGUUGGCUUUAAAAUCUGAUUGCACUUUCAAAAGCCACCUUUUUGCUUUUCCUGCAAUGUUGCAGCUACUAGAAGAUUUAGGUUAUAAUCGUGUUUGGGAAUGCUCAUCAGAAGAUGAACAGUUUUGCACAUGUGGCUUGUUAGUUUCCGUUUCUUUUCAGAAGUAAAUACAUUUUUCUAAGCAUUUUCACAAGAAAAAUAUCCAGAGCUUGAACAAAUAAAACAAAGAUUUAACAAAAAUUUAAUUUCUAAGCAUUAAGUUUUCUUGAGCGUUGAAGUGUUUCCUUUAUGAAAUGUUAGAUUUUACCUUUUCAAAUAACAGAAGUUUUUUUCUUUUUUGUUUAAGAAAAAUAUAACUGAUAUGUUGUCUGUUACAAAUUUCCUGGCAGCUAAAUUCUCUUCUGCAUCAAAUCUUAAACUUAGACAUCUAGUAAACAUUUGUAGUGUUAGAAUGGUGGUAAAUAUUUGCCACUGUCAUUUCACAAAGUCCAUCUUUUCAAUAACAAAAUGUUCAUGUUGCUACAUUGAUAUUUGGUGUGGUAACAUUUGUGUAAGUUUGAUUAUAUGUUCUAUUUCUGAAUGAAGUAAUACUGAUGUUUGGAAGUGAUAUGAAGCAAUCAGGGGCUUAAAAAACAGCGAGUUUGUCUUGUGAUGUUUGUCAAUGCUCCAAGUGUACGUGUAUAAGUUAUGCUAAUUGCACAAAGCAUUUCCAUUCAUUUUUUACCACUUAACUUUUCUGUUUUCUUCUUAUGUUCAGAACAUUAUCACACUACCAAAUGUAUUAUUAUUUUUCAUAUGAAGUCCAGGCCUUGAGAGCAGGUAUUUGUGCUUGUUUUGUUUUUUAACUCCAUUAUUUUUUGGAGAAACACCCCUAAGAAGUCAGCAGACAAAACCAGCAACCAACCGGUCCUCGAGGAUUAGGAGUUGCCUUCAUAACUAGUGGUCACUAAGCUAAAUGUAUUUAUUUCAACUGAAAGAAGAGUUUCUUGGUAUACUCAAAAUAUCACACAGAGCACAUCAAUAUUAAGUGGUGAAAGGUGUUGCAGAUUGAAAAAAUGAAAAUAAAGAUACAUUUAUCAAUUUAUUUUUGAUUUGUUUUCAAUUAUGCACUUUCAGAUAUAUGAAGUUCUCAAGAUGUAAUUUAUUCCUAUCUGCCACAUUGUGAAGCAUAUUGUAAAAUGUGUGUUUAUAUGCAAAAACAGCACAACUGUUGACACUUCAUCGCUCCAAUUGCAGCAGUUGAAGACUCAUGCCAAAAAAGCAGAUGUUUUUCCCCUGAUCACAUACCCAAUAAAUGUAGUUACGUGUUUUAUGUGCCAUAAUAAAACACUACUCCAGUCA